UGGCUGGUGCUGCUUUGGAGGCCCCACCCGCCCAUGGGGACGGGAGACUCCUCCCGCGGUCCCCUCCCGGGCUUCCGAAAGACCUGGGAGUGUGAGUGCUGCCCUCUCUCCCUCGCGCGGCCCAGUGCCCUUGCUGUCCCGGCCGCGCCCCGCCGGACAUGCUGCCCGACUACCUGUCGGCGGAGGGCGAGCGGCGCUGCCGGCGACUGCUAGCGGAGGUCACAGCCCGGCUCCGCGCGCGGCCUGCGGCGGCCGCGGUAUUAGUGCCGCUGUGUUCUGUGCGCGGAGUCCCGGCGCUGCUCUACACGCUGCGGUCCAGUCGCCUGGCCGGGAGGCACAAGGGUGACGUCAGUUUCCCAGGUGGCAAGUGUGACCCCACUGACCGGGACGUAGUGCACACGGCCCUGAGGGAGACCCAUGAGGAGCUGGGCCUUGUUGUGCCGGAGGAGCAUGUAUGGGGUGUCCUGCAGCCUGUGUAUGACCAGCGCAAGGUCACUGUGGUGCCCGUGUUGGCUGGUGUGGGCCCACUGGAUCCCCAGAGCCUCAGGCCCAACCCUGAGGAGGUGGAUGAAGUGUUUGCCCUGCCUCUGACCCAUCUGCUGCAAGCACAGAACCAGGGCUAUACCCACUUCCGCCAGGGGGGCCACUUCCGCUACACACUGCCCGUCUUCCUGCACGGGCCGCACCGUAUCUGGGGGCUCACGGCCAUCAUCACUGAGUUCACCCUGCAGCUGCUGGCACCUGGUACCUACCAGCCCCGCCUGGCCGGCUUUAGCCUGUCCAGGCGCUGAAGGCCUGGCCCCGAGCAGCCCCCACCUUUGCGCUGCCAGGCCAGCCCCCUCCAGGACUAAAUAAAGAGCCUUCCCUGA